GCUACGAGCCCCACCCUUCUUUUUUCACUCUACACCACCACAACGAUUGAUCGGGAGAGAUAGAUGGCAGUAAGAAGGAUCUGGGUACUUCUCCUCCCUCUGCUGGCGGGCAGCUGCACCGCUCGACCAGAUGGACCGCCUCUCCAGGCCUGUUUCACCAUGACGCCGCAGCACGGUAGCAACCUCGCUCAGACUUCGCCUAGUCCGGUCACCUUCAGCUGGAAUAGGAGUCUUUCUGCCAAUACAGUCAUCCGUCCUGGCCAGUACAUAGAAGUUUCCGUGGAGGCUGCAGCCGGUGAGAACUUCAAAGGGUUUAUGAUCCAGGCCAGAGCUGGAACGGGCGCUGAACUGCAACUCGUGGGAACUUUCCUCCAGCGAGACGGGUAUCAGACACUCGGCUGCACCAAACAAGCAGACACUGCAGCUCACGUGAAUAACAACACCAAACCUUUCAUUAGGGCACUUUGGAUGGCCCCAGAAGAACUACCGGACGAAUUCUCGUUCUUUUACACGGUGGUGGAGAGUUUUGGCAGGUUCUGGGUGAUGCAGGAGUCGCCUGGGAAGCUGUUGGGACGUGUCCCGCCGCUUCCUGGAAACGAAAUGCUCAUCAAAAUCCACGGUUCCCUGAUGUCUAUUGCCUGGGGAGUCCUCAUCCCGAUCGGCAUAAUCUUGGCUCUCUUUUACAAGGUUGUCUGGCCCAACGGCCACUGGUUCUAUAUUCACAUUUCAGUGAUGGUGGUGGGUAUACUGAUGGUGAUAGCAGGACUGUUUGUGAUCCUAGCUCAUGCAGAAUGGAAGUGGCUCGAUACCACCGAUCUGAACUACAGUCAUCAGGUGCUAGGGAUCAUUGCACUGUCAGCAGUGGUAGUCAAUCCAUUUCUUGGACUGUUUCUUCUCUUCGAAUGCUGCUCUCUGGGAACAAAAUGGAGGACAUUGUACAACAUUUGCCAUGGAGGAAUUGGUAUUGUCUUUGCCGAGGGAGCGGCCCUGUGUGCCAUGCUGGUUGGAGUCCACCUUCUGCGGGAUCAUCCCAGAGAUUUCGACGAAGGGGCCGUCCACAGCUGCAUCUACUCUGUGUCAGCAAUUGCAGGAACAGUCAUCAUGAUCAUUGCCCUCUACAACGGCUACCACACUCGCUAUCAUAGAGAGCACCCCAAACCGGACCCAUAUGAGGAGGACCCGAAGCAUUCUAAGGACUGGUGGGUGCGACUGGUGGUUGGAUGUGGCCUCAUUCUACUCCUGCUGGCACCUGUGGUCUCAACCAUCUACUACCUCUUGAACAUCUAGACACAUAUGCACCUUAGUCCACUUUGCUCUCCUUCUUUUACACAAAACUCUGCUUUUGCCUACUAUAAGAAAAGCUUUUGCCUUCGUUUUAUGUUAUAGCAUUAAAUCUUUUCAUGAUAGAUUUUUAGAGCAACAUAUUCUUAUCAUGCAAGUCAGUAUUAAUUGUU